CCGACAGUACCUCAGUAGUCAGCUUGAAGCGAAAAGAUGAGUCCGCGUUCUCAAAACAGGAGAAAGUUUCUGCUGUUGGCCGUGGUGGCGGCGAUUGUGGGACUGGUCAUUGGUCUGCUUAUAGGGAGGUUUGGUAUACGCUCGGACAACGACGAUUAUAAGAUCACGGGAAUAUCCGAAACAUUCGUGCAAGAUGCAGACCCAUAUAUAUCUGCUGAGAUCAUGGACAAUAUCAACAGCGAAAACAUCCGACAGUACCUCAGGGAGUUGACCGAACACCCCCAUCUUGCCGGGACAGAUGCAGACUACAAACAAGCCAAAGAUCUUCAGGAGUUCUGGAGAUCGGUGGGUCUGGAUGAAACCUUCAUCACGCCGUAUGAUGUACUGUUGUCUUACCCCGAAACCAAAGAUGAAAGCAAGAUGAAUCGAAUCUUUGUCUACGAUUCUGCUGGCCAAGUGGUAUGGAAGUCCGCGCUGUACGAACCGAUCUUGGACCCCAGUGAGAACAAAUCGAACGUGGUGCCGCCGUUCAAUGCUUAUUCUGCAUCGGGGGAUGUUAGCUCUACAGACUUGGUGUAUGUUAAUUACGGACGUGUUGAAGACUUCAGAUGGCUGGCUCAGAACACAGACAUUAACAUCACUGGCAAAAUCGUUCUGGCUCGUUACGGCAAGAACUUUAGGGGCGACAAGGCAUACCAAGCAGAAAUUCUUGGUGCAAAAGGAAUUAUUUUGUAUUCCGAUCCCGAGGAUUAUGCAAACAAUGGCGAAGCGACGCAAGUUUACCCACAUGGUUGGUUUCUUCCUGAGUCCGGAACGCAGAGGGGCACCAUAUUUCGUGGAUAUAUAGGGGACCCCCUGACACCUGGCUACCCAGCUACAGAAACUGCAUACAGACUGAAAGGAAAUGGCACUAACUCUGUAGUACUGCCGAAAAUUCCAUGCCAUCCUAUCGGAUAUGGAGCUGCUAAAAUUCUGUUGAGCUAUAUGAGUGGUGACCAAGUUCCGGCGAGUUGGAGAGGGGGACUGAAUAUAACGUACAGAUUCGGGGGACCGCUGAAGCAGUCUGGAUGGAAAAUAAGAAUGAGAAUCUCCACCAAAAAUACCCGGAAGAAGAUGCACAACGUGUUCGGAGUAAUUAGGGGCAGCAUUGAACCAGACAGGUAUGUGUUGCUUGGAAACCAUUUAGACGCCUGGGUGUUCGGCGCCAUUGACCCGUCUAGUGGAACAGCCGUAAUGAAAGAGGUGUCCCGAGUGAUGGGGAAUCUUGUUCAACAAAAGAAAUGGCGUCCUCGAAGAACCAUUAUAUUUUGUGGAUGGGGUGCAGAAGAAUUCAAACUCAUAGGGUCUACAGAAUGGGUUGAGCAAUACAUUAAAAAUCUUGGAAGUCGAUCAGUAGCAUACCUUAAUUUGGAUAUCGCAAGUGAAGGAAACUAUUCCAUGCGCCUGAGGGCAACACCUUUAAUGCGAUCAGUUACAUAUGCUGCAGCAAAAAAGGUACCAAACCCCGAGGAGACCGAUACAAGGUUUAAAACUGUCUAUGACAAGUGGAUGUACGCUUUUCCGAACGCUGACAAAUCUCGACCAAGAGAUUUCCGUUUGGGCCUUUUAAGUGACUAUGCCUCCUUUAUUCAGCGAGCAGGUAUACCCGUUGCCGACUUCCGGUACACUUAUAACAGGAAUGAAUUAAAGCUUCCAUCUUACCCACUCUAUCAUUCCAAGUACGAAACUUUUAAAGCUGUGGACGAGUUUAUGGACAGGGGAUUCAAGUGUCAUCGCGCAUCGGGACAGGUUUGGGCGGAAGUGGCAAGAAAUUUAGCAGACUCUCUGAUAAUUCCUUUCCAAGUCGAGGAUUAUGCCAAAACACUUAAAGAUGGCGUGGAUAACCUUGAAAACGAGUUUGGAUUAUUGAUGAAGAAAAAUGGCAUUGAAUUGGAACUGCUGUAUAAAGCCAUAAGCGUCUUUGCCGCAGAUGCUGCUGACUUUCAGGAAAGAGCAAAACACGUAGAUAAAAAGAAUCCAUUCGCCAUUAGAAGCCUUAAUGACCAACUUACGUUAAUGGAGCGGGCGUUCAUUGAUCCCGAAGGUCUACCGGGCCGACCUUUAGCUAGAAACAUCGUAUUCGCAGAUAGCAGCACAAAUGCAUACGCCGAUGCCAUCUUCCCGGGUCUUAUAGAUGGAAUGUUUGAAAUCGAAGGGAGUGCGGAUGAAGAGAGACGAUGGGAGAUUGUAAAGAAACAUUUCAGUGUGGUUAUACACACUAUAGACUCUGCAGCCUCCACGCUGCGGGAUGUAUCAGCUUUUAUGCCCUUGUGAAAUAUGAAAAUAGCAUGUAUUUAAUGAAAUUUUAACGCUUAUAUAUUUUCCUGCGAUAUAUAUUUUUGUGAUUUCAAUAAAAUAAAACACACAGAAAUUAU